GUCUCCUUCUCCUCCUCUGACCACAUGGGUGCAGUCUCUCCCCUGAGGGCAGGGCCAGGGCCUUUGUGACUCCUGUGGGGCUUCACCCUGUACAUCCCUGUAGGCCAGCCUUCUGCCUGGGAAGAGAAGAGCAAGACCUCUCCCCCUCUGGGAUCCUUCUCCCUGCCCAGCUCAGUCUGCAGAGGACCAGGGCCUGGCCCCAGCAGGGAGCCUGGAGCCAGAGGGAAUGGCCCCUGGGAGCAGCAGCCCCCCUCCCCAGGGAUUGGUGACAUUCAAAGAUGUGGCUGUGGACUUCACCCAGGAGGAGUGGGGCCUCUUGGACCAUGCUCAGAAGGAGUUGUACAAGGGGGUCAUGUUGGAGAAUGCCCGGAACCUGCUCUCCCUGGGGCUGCCAGUUCCCAGAGAAGACGUGAUCUCUUACUUUGAGCAAAGGGAAGGCCCAUGGAUGCUGGAGCAAGAAGGCCUGAGGAGCUGCUGUCCAGAUGGAGAGAUCGGCCUGGAAAGGAAGGAAACUGCUACAGAGCUAAGCCUUUCUGUGGAAGAAACUCCCAAGCAAAGAGUCAUGAGUGAUGGUCCCUCUGACUUCCACUGGAGAGAAGUCUGCACAACACCUCAGAGUAUCCAAACUGGAGAGAAACCGUAUGACUGUAAUCAAUAUGGAAAGACUUUUCCAUGUAAGCACAGUCUUGUUAUGCAUAGAAGAAUCUGCCUUGGAGAAAAACCUUAUGAAUGUAAUCAACGUGAGAAGGCUUUUAGAGAGAAGGGAUGUCUUAUUGCACAUCAGAGAACACACACUGCAGAGAAACCUUAUGAAUGUAAUCAAUGUGGAAAAGGUUUUAAAUCAAGGAGCUUGCUUACUCGACAUCAGAGGAUCCACACUGGAGAGAAACCUUAUGAAUGUAAUCUAUGUGGACAGGCUUUUACACGGAAGGGUCACCUUAUUGGACAUCAGAGAACACACACUGCAGAGAAACCUUAUGAAUGUAAUCAAUGCGGAAAAGCUUUUAAAUCAUCUAAUAGUCUUACUCUACAUCAGAGAAUCCACAGUGAAGUGAAACCUUAUGAAUGUAAUCAAUGUGGAAAAGCUUUUAAAUGGCGGAAAUGUCUUACGACACAUCAAAGAAUCCACACUGGAGAGAAGCCUUAUAAAUGUAAUCAUUGUGGAAAGACUUAUAGAUGGAAGGACAGUAUUGUUGAACAUCAGAGAAUCCACACUGGAGAGAAACCUUAUAAAUGUAAUCAAUGUGGAAAGACUUUCAGACGUAGGAAGUCUGUUGGUGAACAUCAGAGGAUGCACACCGGAAAGAAACCUUAUGAAUGUAAUCAGUGUGGAAAGGCUUUUGCAAGGAAACCUACUCUUAUUACACAUCAGAGAACCCACACUGGAGAGAAACCUUAUGAAUGUAAAGAAUGUGGAAAGGCUUUUACAAGGAGCACUAGUGUUAUUACACAUCAGAGAACCCACACUGGAGAGAAACCUUAUGAAUGUAAUCAAUGUGGAAAGACUUUUGCAUUUAAGCAUUGCCUUGUUAAGCAUGAGAGGAUCCACACUGGAGAGAAACCUUAUGAAUGUAAGCAAUGUGGAAAAACUUUUGCAUUUAAGCGUUGCCUUGUUAUGCAUGAGAGGAUCCACAAUAGAGAGAAACCUUAUGAAUGUAAUCAAUGUGGAAAGGCUUUCGCAUUUAAGCAUUACCUUGUUAUGCAUGAGAGGAUCCACAAUGGAGAGAAACCUUAUGAAUGUAAUCAAUGUGGAAAGGCUUUCGCAUUUAAGCAUUACCUUGUUAUGCAUGAGAGGAUCCACACUGGAGAGAAACCUUAGGACUGUAAUCAGUGUGGAAGGACUUUUAGAUAUAAGCGCAGUCUUGUUAAGCAUAGAAGAAUCCACACUGGAGAGAAACCUUAUGAAUGUAAUUAAUGUGGAAAGACUUUUACAUGGAAACAUGGUCUUGUUACACAUGAAAGAAUCCACAUGGGAGAGAAAUUGUAUGACUGUAAUCAAUGUGGAAAUACUUUUACAUGUAAGCCCAGUCUUGUUAGACAUAGAGGAAUCCACACUGUAGAGAAACCUUAUAAAUGUAAUCAAUGUGGAAAGGCUUUUGCAUUUAAGAAUUGCCUUGUUAAGCAUGAGAGGAUCCACACUGGAGAGAAACCUUGUAAAUGUAAUCAACGUGGAAAGGCUUUUGCAUUUAAGAAUUGCCUUGUUAAGCAUGAGAGGAUCCACACUGGAGAGAAAGCUUAUGAGUAAUCAGUGUGGAAAGGGUUUUACACAGAGAGGUGGUGUUAUUGUUCAUCAGAGACUCCACACUGGUGAGAAACCUUUUGAAUGUACCAAUGUGGAAAAACUUUUAUACAGAAGGUCUCUGUUAUUGUACAUGAGAGAAUCCACACUGGAGAGAAACCUUAUGAAUGUACACAGUGCAGAAAAGCUUUUAAACAGAAGUCCUCUUUUACUAAACAUCAGAAAAUUCACACUGGAGAGGGACCAUCUUACCCAACAACAGAGAAUCCACGCUUGAGAGAAACCUUUUGAAUGUACCCAGUGUGGAAAGGCUUUUAAACAGAGGAACCAUCUUACCUGACAUCAGAGCAUGCACACUGGAGAGAAACCACAUGAAUGUGAUCAUUGUGGUAAAACUUUCAGGCUAAAGUCGGUCCUUUUGUACCUUCAGAGAAUCCAUGCGAGACACAGGAGUCUUAUAACUGACCUAAAUGAGGAAAGGCAUUAAAAUGGGGUACAGAGAUUCAUAGCAGAAAAUUCACUCAGGGUACAAGCCAUCUAUGAACUCUCUAUGGGAAGGCUUGCAACCAGAGAUCAUCUCGUAUCCUCUCAUCAGAGGAUUUACAAUGAAAAGAAACCUUAUGAAUGUGCUUAGUGGGAGGUGCCUUUCUCUAGAACAUGGAGGUCACAGGUGAAGGUGAAAUUUUCUGCCUGAAUACAACAGAAUGAUGAGAAAUGAAAAUAAUUCAUGCCAACCUUCCAGGUUGCACAACCUGAAAAGGAGGCAAUUGUCGGAUAAAGUGCAGAACUAUGUGAAAGAAUACAUCUGGAUGUUUUCAUAACAAGGAAAAGACUUUGUGCCAAUCCUUUGUCAACUGGGGAACAGUCUUUGGUGAAGGGAAGAAAUCAGAUUUGUUUGAUGAAGGCUAUAAGAAUUGGAGCAGUUGGGGGGAAUGUUGUGUUCUCCCACAGCCACCUGCAUGUGUGUAUUCAGAUUCCAUCCAGGCCACUGCAGGUGAAAGUCAAGAAACUUCUUGUUAAGUUUACAUUAUUUCUGCCUCCUCACUGGGAAAGACCACAAUGAGCAGCAGGAAAUG